AAGUUAUAAAUUAGUAUGGGUAGCCAUUGCAAAAAGACCAAAAUUAAACCCUAAACCCUAAUCCCCCAAAUCACUCGCCUUCCCUAUAAAUCUGAUAAACCCUAUGCCAUUUCUCUUCAAGCCUGCAAAAUUCUUCUUCUGCAUCUAAAGGUUUAGAAGUAACAAUGGCGAAAAAUCCGAAGGUUUUCUUUGAUAUAUUGAUUGGCAAUGCCAAAGCUGGGAGAGUUGUAAUGGAGCUGUUUAAAGAUAAGACUCCUAAAACUGCUGAGAACUUUCGAGCUCUGUGUACGGGGGAGAAAGGGAUCGGGCAGUUAGGGAAGCCAUUACACUACAAGGGGUCGGGUUUUCAUCGAAUCAUUCCACAGUUCAUGUGUCAGGGUGGAGAUUUCACCAGAGGAAAUGGGACUGGUGGAGAAUCUAUAUAUGGUACUAAAUUUGCUGAUGAGAACUUUAGUGUGAUGCAUACUAUACCUGGCCUUCUUUCAAUGGCAAAUUCUGGACGAAACACCAAUGGAUCUCAAUUCUUUAUCACCACAGUAGCAACACCUUGGCUUGAUGGUAAACACGUCGUGUUUGGGAAGGUUGUUGAUGGCUAUAAUGUUGUCGAGGCAAUGGAAAAGGUUGGUUCAGACAGUGGGAAAACAUCUUGCCCUGUCUUAAUCGAAGAUUGUGGUGAGAUAACUGAGAACUAAUGUAGUUUAGCAACAUGUCAAGUUACAUUUGGUAACUGAGCUUUCCUCUACAGGCUGUGCAAAACUCAUAUAUGCAUGCUUUUUUUUCGACAAGCUGCUAGUACAUGUAAAGGUUUCUUCUAUGUUAUGUUAUUCUAUUGAAUAAAUUGGCGCAAUGACAUUAUACUGUGCUUAUUACCUUGA